UAAGUAAAAUUAAUAAUUUUAUUCUAAAUUAUAAUACAUGUAUAAACAUUUUAUUUACUCUAAAAUAAUUUUAUUAUUACAUAGUAUUAAUAAUUAUUUAUUGUUAUUUUGUUACAUUGAUAUUUUUUUGUAUUUAUAACAUCUCAAUUAGAAUAUAAUUUACCUGAUCUCAAGUGUAUUCUUGAAUAGAGAUUAUAUUGUAUAAUUAUCUAUUACUACUACUACUAGCAUUGAUGACCUAUGCAGCAAGGAAGUGCACCAGCAUUGAAAGUAAUGGUCCCAAUCAUAGAAGAUUUGGCUUGCAAGCUUGAGGCUCUAGCAUGCUUGCUGAGACUCCACAUGGGGUGAAGUAGGCAACAUUCAAUAGAAGAUCACUUUUUGAUCCCCAAUUCCAAUUUUCCCAACAACAACAGAUUUCUCUACCCUCUAAAGUUACCUGCCUAGAAUAUAUAACUAAUUUAUGUUUAAAUAAAUAAAUAAAUAAAUAAAAACUUUAAUUAUUAGAGUAAUGCAGGGCAUCUUAAAGUGUUUUUACUAUCAUCAUAAAACGUGACAUAAUGUUAUUGAUGUAUUUUAAUAUUAGAUUGAUAUAUAGAGAACUGCUAAUAAAUUAUAAAAUAUCAUUAUCAGUGUAUUUAAUGUGCUUAAUAUCAAUGCUUGAAAAAACAAAAUUUUGAGAUUUUGUAUUUGUUAUUUAUUAUUUUGUACCUCUUUUGCAAAACGGUUGGUUGGAUAGCUAUUAAUGGUGGGAUUAGCACUACCACCAAUGGCAUACAUCUCUCAAUACGUGUAGUCAUUGUUUACCACAUGGAAAUAUCUGUCUACAUCUCUGUUAUUAUUUCAAAACUCAGUUGAUUUACAUUAAAAAAAACAUUAAUUAUUUCAGUUUUAAAACUAUCUUUACUGUAACAGUCAGUAGUCCUAUGAUCCGUAAAGAAAAAAACUGGGUAAGCUGUUCAAUCUCACAUCGCCUGGGGAAAGUCAAGUGUGAUGAUUUUAAGACAAUGUAGGUAUGAGACUACACAGUUGAAAAAAGCUUAAAUGGAUUAAUUGAUACUACCUAUAUCAACAAGGUGCAUCUUAUUUUUCGGUAGCCCAUCACGAAAGAACUCCACAGUUAAACAUGCUUGACUUGGAGUAAUUUUAGGAUGGGUGAUCUCCUGGAAAGUUUUCACAAGAAGCGUGCGCGAGUGAGGACAAAGCACACUGGAAACCACUCGUGUUGAUCUAUAGGGUCAGUUGGCAAUCCAUGAAGCAGCCAGAGUGAUGUACUCGUGUAUAAGAGUCAUUUAUUCUGUGAGUGUAAGGGCCUAAUAAAAACUUGAAGCGGGGACGUUAUAUUUACCGUCGUUUAUGGAUGCGAAAGAUACUUAUUUGUUUGCUAUUCCUCUCCUUCUAGAGGAAUUUGAUAUACUCGAGAAGAAAGUUAGGCCGAAAGUCUUGGUCAACAUUAUUUACGAGUUGGAGAGAGAGGCUUUCGGUUCUGUAGUAAGCCAAUUAAUUUUGAUUGGAAUUGGACCUUUGAUUCCGACAUCUUUUCUUGAUGGAAAAGAUGUCACUUCUAAUAAUGAUGACCCGUCGAAAGAGAAGUACAUUGAGUGGCUUAACUCGAAGCCUGAAACAACAGUUGUUUAUGUGUCGUUUGGGAGUAUGGCGAUUUUGUCUGAGCAACAAAUGGAGGAAAUGGCUAAAGGGUUGUUGGAAUUUGGUCGCCCGUUGUUGUGGGUCAUUAGGGAAAGUAAAGAUAGUAAUAAUAAUAACGAGUUGAGUUGUAGAGAAGAGUUGGAUAAGCUUGGAAUGAUAGUUCCGUGGUGUUCUCAAAUGGAGGUUUUGAGUAAUGCGUCAGUUGAGUGUUUUGUGACUCAUUGUGGUUGGAACUCGACGUUGGAGGGUUUAACUUCGGGGGUUCCCAUGAUAGGGUUUCCCCAAUGGUCAGACCAAGGGAUGAAUGCUAAGUUGAUUGAAGAUGCAUAUGGAACUGGAGUUAGAGUGAAACUCAGUGGGGAAGGAGUUGCGGGAAAUGAAGAGAUUAAGAGGUGUUUGGAAUUAGUCAUGGGAGGAAAAGAAACCGUAGCGGUAAAUAUUGGGAAGGAAAGUUGGGUGGAAAAGAGAAGAAAUGCGAAGAAAUGGAAGGAUUUAGCUCGAGAAGCUGUUAAAGAAGGCAGAUCUUCUGAUAAGAAUCUCAAGGCUUUUGUGAGUGAGAUGGUUGAACGAGGUGGUAAUAAGUAAUAUCUUGAAUCUUCUAAUUAAAAUGUUGUUUGUAUAUCUUAAAAGAUAUGUUUACAUAACUAUCCUUAAAUGAAGAUGUUAGUUUUAAAUUUCGUGAUAUUUUUCAAA